AUGGCCCGAUGUGUGGAAGAUGUGGCCAUCGUUUUGGCUGCACUCGUUGGACACGACUCACUCGACUCGACCACAAUCGACGAUAAGAUUGAGCUCUCGCUCGACGAGGAAAUAGAUUUAUCGAAACUGAAGGUCGGAAUACCCGAUGAAUAUCAAUGCGAAGGCAUGUCUCAAGAGGUGAUCGACACGUGGAGAUCAGUGGCCGAUAUGUUGUCAAACAUGGGCUCAAGAGUGUCGCGCGUAUCGCUUCCCAACACAAAACACUCGAUAUCGUGUUAUUCAGUGCUCAACUGUUGUGAAGUUUCGUCCAAUUUUUCGUGUUAUGACGGCAUUGAGUUCGGCUUCAGAGCCGACACCACUGGACACACAGUCGAAGAGGUGUACUCCAAGUCCAGACACGAGGCGUUCAGCGACACCGUUAAGGGAAGAAUAUUUGCCGGCAAUUACUUCCUAUUGAGAGAGAAUUACGAGAAUUACUUCAAUAGAGCGCUGAAAGUGCGGCGACUGAUCGCCAAUGACUUUCACACAGUGUUUGAAAAACAAAAUAUUGAUUUAUUGUUAACUCCGGUGACACUAACAGAAGCGCCGUUACAUUCGCUUUGGAUUCAAAAGGACAACAGACAACAGGUCUCAACAGAAGACUAUUGUACACAACCGGUGAAUAUGGCGGGUCUGCCGGCCAUAACUAUUCCCUGCAAACUGUCAAACAAUGGACUUCCCAUUGGUUUGCAAUUGAUUGGCAAAAAAUUGGAUGAUUUUCGUCUCCUAUCUAUUGCUAAGAAAUUGGAAAACAUUUUGCAUUUUCCGGUUCUGCUCUUUGAAGACACAAAUACUGGUGUUUGA